UAAAUGUGAAUUAAUAUCAAUUCGUUUCACACAUCGAAAUUAGUAGAGUGAGAAAAACAAUUAAUUGAGUAUUUAAUGGAAACCGAUUGAGUGCAAACGUUUAUGAACGAUGCAAAUUAUGUUUGGAACAAUUUUAUGUGUAUUAUUGAAAGGUUUAGUUCUGACAAAGCCUAUCACAUUUAGGACGACAGAUUAUACUACUUCAAACAGUUUCCAGAAAGAAAGUGUUUUUAUGUGUCCCAAUUUAAAUUACACGCAGGAUAUUUCAAUGUCCGAGAAAAGUGAUCAUCAUAUACUAAAUUUCAAAUCUGACCGGAGUCAGUCUGAUAGUACUGUGAGAAAUGAGCGAGAAGUCGAUGAAGUUAUACUUGCAAAUAUUUCUAUCACUCCAGAAUCUAUCGAAAAUAGUUUGAACAAGCCAACAUCUCUCAGAGCAUUCAUACAAUUCGACAGUCAAUUCGCAGAAAAAGUAAACGACAUUUUUGUGACAUUGAGAUGGAACCAACCUGAAUUUACCGAUAAAAUAAUACUAGGAUACCAAGUGCAGUGUUCUUUCUUCGAAGGCUUUAAAGAAACCUGCGAUGAAACUAUCGCAGCUACAAAAUUGGAGCACACGGUGCACAAUCUAAUAUCUAACACGACAUAUUAUUUUCGAGUACGUGCAUAUACUAAAAUUGUAAAUAAAAUUGUUGCUGGUCCUUACACGGAUUUAAUCAAUGUGUCGACUACACAUGAAAAUCCAAUACCUAAAUUAUUACUCACAACGGAUCUAGAUAUGAAAAUAUUGGACGUGGAUUUAAGAAUUACUAAUACCUUAAUGUCAGGAUCAGUAACCUAUGCCGCCUAUUCGAUACAAGAACAUAGAAUUUAUUGGCUAACAGAAAAAGACCUAAUGACAUUGAAGAUUAAUGAAAAUAAUAUCACAAAAAUUACCAGCUUUGAUUAUUAUCUAAAUGAUCUUUGCAUUGACUGGGUAGCAAGAAAUCUAUAUUUCAUGUAUUAUGAUGAGUCAGCCUACUCUUAUAUUGUAAAGUUCGACUUAACAAUGUGGGAAAAUGGCAUAAUUAAAUUUGAUGAGAUUUUCAAAUCAAAAAAUGAUAUUCCCUGUUUAAGUGUAUCACCGUCUAUGGGAAUUUUAUAUCACGUAUCACACAAUUCGAUGAAUACAGAAUAUCGUAUAAUGAAGCAUCAUCUCGAUGGAGAAAUCGAGCAAAUUGUUCAGAUGAAUGUAUGCCUAUUUGAUUAUAUUAUAGAUCCUUUUCAAAAUAUGAUAAUUGAUAACAUGAAUAAUGAGGUGCCGUUAAUUUACUGGUUAAGUGAUGAUUACAUAUUUGUGACAGACAUUAACAUUUCUAUGUGCAAUAUGAUUUUACACAAUGAAAACAUAAGUGAUAUAUUCAUUCGUUUCGAAUCUAUGACGAUUGACAAAAGAAACAUUUACAUUUUAGCAAGUGAUUUUUGGGAUGAAUUUUCUCUCUAUGUUUUGAAAAAGAAAUACGCAAGUCUCAAGAGCGUAAAUGCAGCCGAAUAUGUUGAAAAGAUAAUAAUAAGUUCAGAUAAUAAUAGGUUUUAUAAAAUUGACGCUUUUGAUAAAUCUUUACAACCAUAUCCUCCAAUCAAAUGUCUGACACCUGAAAAAAAAGUUUAUAAUUUUAAGAAUGUGUAUGCAAUAGCAAACAGCAUCGUUGUGAUUCUUCCGGAGCCGGUUGUAAAAAGUGGAUGCAAAAAAUAUAAUUUACCAACUACUAUAUAUAAUAUCUCCAUAAGCUGUAUGAGAGCUGUACACAACAAUCUCAACAAGUCGGAGAAAUUCAAUGUGCUACGAUAUGUGACGUUCGAGCGAUAUUACAAGAUUCAGAACUUAACACCAUUUACAGAAUACAAGUUGAAGUUUACCUUAAGCAAUUUUUACUUUGAUCAAUUAUCAAUAAAUCCAUUUGAUUCAAAUGUGAUACCAAUAAAAAAUAAUUCUGAUAAGUUUGAUGCACCAGAAAACAUAAGUGUUCUAGCUUUGACGCCUACUAUAGCAGUAGUUCAUUGGAUGCCACUCAAGAAUGUGAACUGCGUGGCCGUGACCUACGAAGUGCGUUGGAAGUCAGUUACAUUAGUGAACGGCACGCAACACAAGGGCAAACAAUUUAUCAAUGUGCCGAAACGUACGGCAGACGGCAGAUUUUUCACAAAGAUUAACUUGUCGCUACCAGUACAAGAUUACUUGAUAUACGUGCGUGUAUAUCCAAAUAAUUUCAGCGAUUUCUACAACGAGAGUUUAAGCGAUUUCUACAACGAGAGUUUAAGCAAUUUUGUUCACAUAUACUCAGAACCAAACAAUAUUACUUUGAGCGAGGUCAACAUAAAUAGCAUGAACAUUUCAUGGAUCUCAAACAUUAAUCUGACGAUGUUUUGUACACUAGAGUAUAAAGAUAUUGUAGCAGAAAAGUGGCAAACAAUGAAUUAUAUUAAAAUGAAUUAUAACAAAGAAGUAACAUACCAUGUCGAAAAUUUACAAUCGGGAACCUUAUACAUGUUUCGCUUGAUAUUAAGAUAUCCCGAAUAUGAGGAAAAUUUUACAUGGCCGACUGAUGAAAGAUUUAUUUUUUCAACACUUGAUAUUCCGAGCAAUCCUGGAAUAAUAGGGAAAAAAUAUUACUUAUUAUUGAUGUUAAGUUUUAUCGUUAUAGUUCUUAUAAUCUGCGUCUACUACUUUUAUUAUUUGUAUCGUCAACCCAGAGCUAAUAACGAACAAUUUUUGUCUUCAUCAAUGACCGAUAUAGAAUUGGCCAUUCUACAUGAACCUUGCCAAUACACUGAAUUCAAUACGAUUUACAGUCCUAUGUUACAUUGUAAUCCGGAUGAAUGUGCGAUAACUAAAAUCGCACGUAAACAAAUUACAUUUACAAAACUUAUUGGUAGCGGCGCAUUCGGAAUGGUGUUUCAAGGAAAGGUGAAAAACUUAGAAAGAUCGGGCACAGAGAUAUCCGUUGCAAUAAAAACGCUUCGGAAAGAUGCUUCUUCCCAUGAGAAAGAGAAAUUGUUAAAGGAAGCCAAGCUUAUGAAUCAUUUUCGACACAAACAUGUAUUAAGAUUGUUAGCUGUUUGUUUAGAUGGGGAUUCUCCUUUAUUAGUGUUGGAAUUGAUGGAAACUGGUGAUCUGUUAAAAUAUUUGAGAGAUUGUCGAAAUUUGCAAGCGUCAGAUUCGCCUGCUCUGCGUUUGCAGGAUUUACUCGCUAUGUGCGAAGAUGUUGCGCGAGGUUGUUGCUACUUGGAAGAGUUGCGUUUCGUACAUAGAGAUCUAGCGUGUCGCAAUUGUUUAGUAUCUUCGAGAAAUCGAGAGAAUCGUGUCAUCAAAAUUGGAGAUUUUGGAUUAGCUAGAGAUAUCUACAAGGAUAAUUAUUAUCGCAUGAAAGGAGAACAUUAUUUUCCUAUUCGCUGGAUGGCACCCGAAUCUUUGAUGAUUGAAAUAUUUACUUCUCAAAGCGAUGUUUGGUCAUUUGGGGUAUUAAUGUGGGAAAUUACAUCGUUGGGUGAGAAACCUUAUAUGGACAAGAAUGAUAAAGAAGUGAUAUAUUAUGUACGUGCUGGAAACAGGUUGCCGAUGACUCUUAACUGUCCAUCACCAUUGUAUCAGUUGAUGCUACGUUGCUGGAGUGCAGCGGAUGCUAGACCAAAUUUCAAAUUUUGUCUGGAAAAUAUUAUAGCAUUAAGAAAGAAUAUGGAAGAUGCUUUACUGAGUCCAGUCGAUACUAUUUAGAAUUGAAAAUAAUUAAAUUAAUAUUUAUCUUAUUUUCCAAACGAUUCAAUAAAUCUUAA